AUGUCGAGUGGUCAAUGGGAAGUUGUUGGAAAGAACAAGAAAUCGCAGAAUGGAAAAGUUAAAACCAAGGAAGAUGAAAAGAAGUCACUCAAAAACGGACCGAAAUUGGAGGAUGUCGUGCCCCAUUCUCAAAUCAAAUCAUUUUACUCGGGCAUGGAAAUAGAUGAAGAAAAGAAACCAGCUAAGGAAAAGAAAAAAGAAGGUGAUAAGAAAAAGAAUAAGGAGAAAAAAAAUGCUGAACCUCCAAAGCCUAAGCCCCCAAAAACUGUAGAAGGCGCCUUUGAGGCAAUUGACAUAGCUGAAUUAGCCAACAUAAUAACUACAAACAAGCUUCGAUUUUCGAAUGCCCCUCUUGUCUGGCUCAAAGAAGUUGCCACAUUCCUCAACUCUAAGACACAAAUAGAAGUUGAAGACCCAACAUUCUCUAACUAUGAUCCAUUGUACCCUCUUUCUGCUGUCCCAAAGGAAAUAAGAAAUUCUUUGGCGGGUGUAUUACAUGAUGCAGGGAAAGCCAAUGCGCAAUUGUUCUUUGAUGUCACUCUCACAGCUCUGGCUAAUGAUAUGAGCAGAGGUCAAUCUGUUAAUGGCCACAGGUUGCUACUCCAAAUGUUGGCCCAAGAUUAUCCAGAGUUUUGUGUUGCAUCCGUCCAAAAGAGCGCAAGCUUGCGUAACUCAUAUCAAAACAGGCCGCCAAUAGGUCUCUCAUUACUUUGGGCUUUCGGUCAAGGUGGCAUCAGCAAUUUCGCUGUUGGUCUAAAAGCAUGGCAAGAGCUGUUCCUGCCUGUGAUUGAGUUGAAGAACUAUACAAAAUACGUGGUAGGUUAUUUAUCUCAGUUGCUGGACGCCCACAACAUGAUGGAGAGUACUAAAGUGAGCCAGGACCAGCUGUUUGCUAUGAUCGACUUGGUGAACAACAAGCGAAAUAGUUUACCGAAAGAUCAGUCAAGUGACCUUAUCAAGCAAUUAAGUAAAUAUAAGGAUAUAUAUUUCAAUAAAAGCAAUAAUAAACUUCAAGUGACCUUCAAUCAACUUAUGAAAAAGUUGCCCAAUCAGUACCUGACUGGGUCUACAUUGGAUCCUUAUUAUAGGGUUCUUGUGGACUGUUUAGUAGACUGCUUAGUUAGAGACGACUCCUGCAAUGCAACUUGGAGACAAUUAUUCCAUAGAUGCACCAAACAAUCAUCUACUCUCCUGGACUAUAUUGACACCAACUGGGAAGAAGUCAGUCUAAAAAUAAAGAAAAAGUCGUUGAAAACCACUGUAUUGCAAUACAAAGAAGUCUGUGGAGAAGCUCUGAAAGGAAAAAAGAAGGAUGAAACUGUUGUCAAGACCAAUAAAAUAUGCCAAUUAAAGGAUAUUCUAGACAGAAUGACAAGCACUAGAAGGUUUCCUUGGAUUUGGGCCAGUUUCUUCCUACUGGUUGGCAUAGCUGGACUGAUUGCUUAUGAUGUCAACAAGUCUGGCGGGAACUUCCCAAAAAGCACAACGGGUCGCUUACUAAAUGACUUGGGUGUGCUGGAACAUAGCCAGCUCGCAUGGCAGAAGACUCUAUCAACAUCGGCACGCGGUUACCUAUGGCUGGAAACGAACGCACCGAUAUACUAUACGCAAACAGUAGAGAUAUGCAAGCCGUAUGCAAUCUUAUCCAAAGAUGUUGCAUUCAUAGCUGCCAAGAAAGCAGGUACAUUGUACUCCAAUGCUAGAGAAUACGUCGUUGAGAAGACUCCGGUAGUUCUUGCUGCCAUAGAGCAGUAUGCGCCAGGACUGGUAGAUAAUAUUCAGAGCUAUACUGCGUCUGGCUUCGGAGUUGUCAAGAAAUACUCCAACGAUUAUUACCAACUAACCACAGAAUAUUUGACGACGAAAGUGUUUAUCGGCGAGUGGGCGCCAGAGAUCCUUCAAAACAAAACACAGACUGCCCUCAACGUGACCAGGUCCCAAGUGUCGUCCUACUUCCACUGGUUCAGAGAGCAAGUUCAUAUCUACUCUAAGAUACCCUGA